AGGCCUAGCCAGGCAUGAAAUGGCCUCUCAAACACAGCAGCAGCAGCAGCUCCAGACGACCACCUGCCUGACACUAACUCAACUCACCUGGACCCAACGAGUCAAACAGUCAAGAAAACCAUGCAGUGUCUUUGGAGAAAAGGAAAUGGGAGGUUCCUUUCCCAAGCCUCCGAAUCAUCAUGAUCCGAUGAUGAAUCCCCUGCUGCUGACCAUUGACCAGAUCAUGAAUAUAAAAAGCCAUUCUGACACACAGAAGAAAUAUGUGACAUUCAAGAACCAGAACAGAAAUAAACCUCUGGGAAGGAGUUACUGUAGAAAGAACUGAAGAACAACAGCAGAAGUGAAUGUCUGUCCUAUUUUAUAAGAUAUGGGCCGGUCGUCCCUCAUUUUUCUGGUCACUCUACUUUGGCCAGUUAAAUGUGCUGUAAUACCAACAAAACAAUCUUUAGGUUCAGGUUCCUGCAGGGAUUUCAAACAGGAGUUUGAGCGUACGUUCUCGAUCCCUGGUGAAGUUGUGAUACUGGAGUGCCCACUGCAGAUGCAUCAUCUCUUUGAUCCUGCAGAUACACCAUACAACGUCACAUGGUACGAUGAGAGAACGGGCUCUGAGAUCUCAGAGCUGGAGCAGAGCAUCAUGCUGAAGAAAACACAAGUGUGGUUCUUCAACGUCACCAUGCAGCAGAACGGAAAGUACACAUGUGUGGUCAGGACUGUGAACAAGUGCUACAAACAGGCCACUGGGCUGGUGGUGACAGAAAUGACAUCAGAAAACUGUGUGAGACCGCAGUGUGGACUCCAGCAGAUCAGGGCUCAUGUCAAUGAUCUCCUCGCCUGCCCUCUAAGGAAAUAUUUAAAGAGUGUGGACAGUCCGUCCAUCCAGUGGUACAAGAACUGCAAGCUCCUUCAAGAAGAUAAGAAAUUUGUUCCAAAUAAAGAUAUGCUCAACAUACGCAAAGUACAUCUCGAUGACGCUGGAUUUUACACCUGCAAAAUGACCUUUCGUUUAGCUGGAGUUAUCCAUGAAAUGGCUGAAACUAUAGAGUGUGAAGUGAAAGAUGAGUAUUUAAUGAAACCACGAGUGAUCGAGCCUGUUAAUGAGAUCAUUAAAGUGGAGAGGGGUUCAUCCUUCAGGAAGAACUGCAUCGUCGAAGUUCAGGGAAAAGGCAUUCCCUUGGUUGAAGUGAUCUGGAAAGACCAGCUGGAUUUCAUCUCUCAAAACACGUCACAUCGCGUCCAUCAGGAACCCAUGAAUGAAAGCCAAACGGUAGAUGGCUAUCGUAUGGAGCGCACGCUCUUGCUGUCUGCCGUAUCAGAGGAGGAUUUCUACUUAAACUUCACCUGUAUGGCAUUCAGCAGCCGAGGACAUCCGACCGGACAGAUUACACUCGUCCCUGCAGAUCCGAACCUUCUCUUGCUUCUUGGUCUUCUUCUGUGCUCUGUGGCAUUGCUCUUCGUGACGGGUGUGAUUCUGUGCACCACAUUCAAGGUGGAGCUGGCCUUGUGGGUCAGGAAUGUGUUUCCAUUCCUCUACCAAACCACAGCUGGUGAUGGUAAGCAGUUUGAUGCAUACAUCGCCUAUCCCAGAGUCCUCGAGGGCUCAAGUGAAAACGCUGAGAUUUUUGCAAUGAGCACUUUGCCGCAGGUUUUGGAGGGCCAGUACGGUUAUAAGCUGUUCAUCCUGGGCCGGGACGGCCUGCCUGGGGAAGCUGUGGUGGACGUGGUGCAGGACGCUCUGAGCCGCUGUCGCAGACUGCUGCUGCUCUACACGGCGUCGUCUCUCUGCAGCCCGGAGGCACAGGACUGGGCCGAGCAGCAGACAGGUCUGUACCAAGUGCUGGUGGAGGACUCCAUGAGUGUGGUGCUGCUGGAGCUGGAGGAGAUCCACCAGCCGCUGCGCCUGCCACACACUGUGCGCCUCCUAAAGGACAAACAGGGAGCUUUGCAGGCCUGGAAGAGAAGGAAGAGGUGGGCGUUCUGGGAUAGGAAGUCAGAGGAGCGUGUGAACUCUCUGGAGCCCUCUGCACGCUUCUGGAGGGAGCUGCGAUACCAUAUGCCCAUCAGAGGCAAAGCUAAAGAGAGAAACUGGUUUAGUUUCUAGAUGAACACUAAAGG